AUGUCAUUCCUGAGAAAGCGCAGUCGGAGCCAAUGCUCGUUCUCGAAGGGGGACGAAGAAAUCACUGUCACAAGAAUCCAGCAAAACGAAUUCAAUCGACAAUCCCGAGCCGAUACAUUUGUUUCAGCCAGAUCUUCGCUGGAAGUUGGCGCAUCCGACUUUGCUGUUCAUGAUUCUUGCGUCAUUCGCAACUUCCCAAAGCACAAGUCAUCGCACCUGAGAUUCCUUGCUUGGGUCGCCUUUACCCGCAAGUACACCGACGAGUGGAUCACUGAAGAUGAACGACGCACUUGCCCUUUGCUCUGGUGCCGGACCGUCUUUAAAGACCAGGAGGAGAUGCUUCAACACGUCUGGAAUUGUCAACAUCUAUCGAAGGGUCUUUAUUGGUGCUUCCACUGUCAGAAGCCGGAGCGAGUGGGAAAGUUUCAGUGCAAGAGAUGUCAAGGGCUACCAUCGCGAACGGAUCGCAUGGCCUCUGUGGCAAAGAAGAUCUUCUCACGGCUCGGAGCGAAGCCUCACCAUACUGAAUUUGUGGCCCCCGAACCCGAACCACAAAAGCCUCUAUCAAAGAUUGCCGAAGACUCAGCGACAUCAUAUCCCUAUGAUCCUUCCAGCUUCGAGGGCAUGUCUCACUCGUACGACGAAGAUCAAGCUCUAGAUUGGAAUCAUCAGUAUCCCCAAGAGCUUCCAAACACGUCAGUCUGUCGAGAAUUACCGGGCGACUGGACGGCAGCUUCGCACGAACUUCCAGAUACCUCAAUCUUGGAAAUGCAAGGUACGGAAUGUCCGAUAGAAUUAGGAGUUGGAUCGGAGGAUUGGGCAGACAACUUCUAUGCAUCAUCCUUAGAAGAAUGGGACAUUCCCUCAACGACAACCAAACGUAUGAAUGCUUCUCCAAAGCUGGCCCGUAUUGACACCUCCUUCACCCAUCUGAACAGUCAUCUCACCCCCGAAAAUCAUGUGGAAAUGUCUCCACAGAAAUUGUCGUCUCAUUCCUGGGAGGCUGCCCUUUCAGAUACAACCAUCUCCCCUUUGAGUGCAUCGGGAGGGCUUGAUUAUAAUACGUUCGAAGUCUCGCCGACAGACAGUGAGGCGAGUGGAAACUCUUUCUUUACAGACUCGGGAUAUUCGACUGCAACAACAAUGUCUGCUUGGAGUACCACAGCCACGAGAUUUGCAGAUCCAAAUUCUUUACAACGUCUGGCCGGAAAGAAACAAUCUCGGCCUUUUGGGACUAUCUCCAAUGAUUGGAUGAACAACAUUGCAUCCUCGAGGCCUCAAGAAUUGGCCUUAAUGCCAGUGUUAGCAAGCGUGCCCCAGAUGCCCCAAGAGAUUUCAAGGAGUAUCAGCUCCGGCAGCGGAUUUACAGGAUCUGAGAAGCCUGUGCUGAAAUCAGCGAAUUGGUCUGACGGACAGAGUCUCGUCCAAUAUUUUUCUGGGAUCUUGGGAACUCAUAUUCAGCAUACCAGGUCCUCACUAAAGCAGUUGCCAAGUAGCCCAAUGGUCACGGAGUUGAUGGCACAGUCCAGGACUUCGAUGGCAUCCAUUGGGUUGGACGCAUUGGUCGGAGCUCUUGAAGGGCGGAAACCAACUUCAGUGGUCCAGAUAUUCUCCUUGACCCAUGUUGCAUACGCCUUUGCGAUCACAGUCGAUUGUAAUCAAGCCAACGUUCAAGAUCAGCAGUGGUUCAAUGAUUCGCUAUCAUGGGCCGAGGCGCUGACAUCAGAGAGGUCGCGUCAAAUGUAUCAUGAGAUAGCUCGUUCUAUUUGGCAACCGCUGGAUAUCUUCGCUGAAGACAUGCCUCAUAAGGCGUCUCAGUCAUCAGAUAUGGAGAACAUGCUUCUCACUGCUUGCAAACACUUCUUGGAUGUGUUUGAAAGCUUCGGUGUGGCAGAACGUGUCCCAAGUUUGCCACAUGGAAGCUUUGAUUUUGAGCAAGAACUGUUUCAAAGCAGAUGCAAGACGCGAGUUAUCGACGAGUUGAUCAAGACUCAAUCCCUCGAAGCGUUUGACAGAAAUGUUGUGACGAUUGGGAGGCGACUGCAAGAAGGGAAGAUUACGAGCACUCGCCAGCUGGAGCUGGAAUUGAUUUGUGUAGGCAAGCUUGCUUCACAACCAGCUCAAGCCUUCGCAACAUUUCUCAAGCAUGUGACGCACCUCUGCGACUCUCUCUACCGGGAGGAAGCCGGAACCCUGAAGUCCAGAGCCCAGUAUCACGUCCAAGAUAUUUAUCUUGUCAAGCAAUAUCUACCAGAGGAGGAUUUCAUCGACGAGCACGAAGAGGAUGAUUGUGAUCAUGGAGGCCAGCACAACCACGAACAUGACGACAUGGAGGACCUCUUAGACCUAGAUUUCGACGCAAGGUCCGAGGAUAUUGAGGCCUGUAUAAACGCAUUUAAAAACGAUGCAGACCAGACAUUGGGCCAUAUGGACAAUUUCACGAUUCAAAUCGCCUCGGCAACAGUCCAUGUCAAUGAUCAAGCACCAUUUAUCCAAAAUUUCGAUUCCAUACAUCAACAAUCUACGCCUUCCUUCCAACAACAGCUCCCUGCUCAAGUGUCAGCUUCGCCUCCGCAGCCAACCCUCCAUCCAUCAUCCCCCGAUUCCUCAUCGAAUAAAUACCGCUGCCAUUGUGGCUAUACGCCCUCGGGCGAAGAGCGCUGGAAAGCAUCUAACCUCCGACGCCACAAAAGGACACAACAUCCCACGGAGCUGAAGGUCCAUAGAUGCGGAUACCCAGGUUGCAAGAGCGUGUUCACGAGAAGCGAUAAUUUGAGGAGUCAUCGGAGGGACAAAGGGCAUUUUGUCGGGUUUGAAGGGGAGCCGUUUACGAGGGACGAUAUGGGUGGGAUGGGGGACAUGGAAGGGAUAAGAGGUCCGAAGAGGAGGAGAUGUGAUUGA